AUGUCCGAUACGAAAGCAUCAGCUGAAAGCAACAUACAACAUACGGAUACUCAGCGGGUAGAUUUAAACCAAGAAAUAGAAGUAACUCCAUCCCCAUCGAUAGAGGAAAUUCAUGUCGUAGGAUCUACCUCAACAACAACAACAACAACAACAACAGUAGAAUCCCCAGCUGCAACCAUCGUUCCAGCCGAUAUUUCAAGUACUGGUGAAAACUUGUCUAUUGCUGUAGGCAACUACGAACAACCUCCAACCGGUGGUGUAGCACCUGCGACCACGACCUUCACAGGAUCAGCGCAAGUCCGUGGACCGUGGACGUGUAGUGUAGAGCGUCAGACAUCUGUUAGUUCAAUAGACAGUACGUCCAUGUCGAUCGGAGCUGGUUCGAGCAGCGGCAGUGGUCCAGGCGGGUUCCGCAACUCUUUGAGUAAUGGAAGAAUGUUUAGCAGGCUGAUGUCUGUAGAGCGAGGGCGUGUGUCUAACAAUCAUGCAGUACCAGCAAGGAGAGGGUCAAACUUUAGUAACGUAGUAUUUAACGAUUUUAUGACCCUACUCCAACAGGCGCGACACCCUGGCAAUCUUUUCUCUUCGGAACGAACAGGGUUGUUCCUAUCUUCGGAUCGUUCACAUGGACCUGGAACAAGUACACCUCCCAUGAUAGUCAAUGUUGGAGCUGGUAAUACAAUCGUUAACACCAGCGAUGUUGUGAUUGAUGUUGACGAAGCAAGCGGAACGAACGGCGGUGGUUCUUUGCGCUCAUCCCAUAACGAGUUAUAUCCAAUUUCUAAUUCAUCUUCCUCGGCAACUACUAGCGUUCGUCCUUUCCUAUGGAUUCAAUCGGGUGAUGAAAAUGUUCCACCUGCGAGUUCAAUUGGUGGUCGGUCGCCGCUAAUGCCAAAUUUUAACUACAGCCACCAUCACCACCAUUUUCAUAAUCAUCAACCAUUGGCGCUGCAUCAUCAGCAGUCCUCUGCAGGGCUAUCUGCAGCCACUGCAUCGAUGGCUUCACAGUCUCCAAUAUCGAUAGGGGGUGGUGAAGGAGGUCCCUCACUAAAUGGCGAACCAGGGACGAAUGGUGCUGUGCUAACACCGACAACAGGAAAUGCGCCUACAAUCGGGGCAAGUGGAACUACGCGGAGCAAUAGCAUUAGCUCCAAUCAUCAGAAUGAAGACGCAACUGUGCAUGAAGCUCUCAACCAGAUGCCGGAAACCCGCGCCUUGUUUGAAACAUUGGCAAGAUAUUUGCCGUUAUUGGUGAUUUUGGUGGCUAAACUAUGCUAUGACCACUUGGAUGGUAUAAUGACGUUUCUGAUGCUGUCAAUAAUGUUCUCUCACGCUAACUGGGCCGUAAGGCAAGAAAUCUCAAAGCAAAAACAGCGGCGCGUUAUUGUACUGCUCCGUGAGCUGGUCAUAAUUAUUGUCUCUUUACUGAUAUUUUGGCUUGCAAUUGAAUGGAAAAGUAUCUGCCUAGUUAUACUUUUAAUGCCCGAUCACUUGCAACAGGAAUCACUUAAAGGGUUACUGUAUGCUGUUUGCAUAACGGACUUGAUACUGAAGCUGAUCACCAUUGUAAUCAAAAUCAUCGUUACCCUGAUGCCACCGAGAGUAAUUGAUUACAAAAGCAGGGGUAAAGUAUACUUGAUGAUAGAAUCGCUCUCCCAACUGUAUCGCGCCGCAGCUCCGAUCCAACCAUGGUUAAUAUUCCUUUUUGAAUCGUAUUCUGGUUCGGAAAAGAUGGUUGGCGUGAUUUUAUCUGCGGUUUACAUCGUGGCCAAAUCAACUGACUUACUUGAUAGGAUCAAGUUCUGUCGUCGAUCAUUUGUUAAACUGCUCCAAAAAACGAGUUAUGGAAACGUCCCAACUAAGGAACAGUUGCAGGCCUGUGGCGGACAGUGCUCGAUUUGUCAUGAUAACUUCAAUUCGCCGGUAUUGCUGGAAUGUAAUCACAUCUUUUGUGAACUGUGUGUCGGUACAUGGUUUGAUCGAGAACAAACGUGUCCCUUAUGCCGCGCAAAGAUCGUUGACGAUCCUUCCUAUAGAGAUGGAACUACCACAUUCUUUUUGCAGUUAUACUAA